UUCAACCUGUUAUUUUUGUAAUUAUUUUUCACACCGACUUAAAUUUCGCAGAAAAACUGUCAUUAUAUACAUUUUAAAUCCAUUUCCUACAACUUAUAUCGGAAAUACUCAAUGCAAUUGAUAAAUAACCUACUCAAACUAGAAUACACUCUAUUUAACUUAGACAGUAAUACAAAAAUAAACAGUUACUUAAAAAAGCUGCUACACCGAAAACUUAACAUCGAUAACUCAACGCCCUUCACUACAACCAGUGCGAAAGAGACCCACGAAUUUCUCCCGCUCACCGCAGAGCUGAGAUGAAUUUAGUAAGCCAAGCGAUAGCUCGCGGACCGCGCGUCUCUUAACCACUCAUGACCUGUUUCGACCAUAAUACGUAAACGUGAAUGUUGUGUUUAAAGGAUUUUACAGCCACGUGACGCAGAUGAUGCAUUCGAAUUUAUCCGGAGCAACGCAGCGGAUUUAACCUGUCAACAUAACUCCUAUCAACUUGCUUUCCAAAGUUACGAUACACGAAACUUUAAGAGAAUGGAAUUGCUUAGAGUAGACGUGCUUCGAUUCCGCAACAGACCAAACGUGUGCACAAAAUAAAAUAAUUCGUGACGAACCAACGGAAACCGGUGAUGAUCUAACAAUGGGUGAACGCUAUGAGGCAGGAAGCAAAAUCAAAAUGACAAUCGACAAAAUAGCAAAGCUUUUAGUUAUAAUAUUAAUAAGUGUCAAACAUGCUGAGUGUAGUGUCACAGAUGAUAUAUCGAAACGUAUGAAGAUACUCGAAAGUGUGUCCGGGAGGUACUUUAGUGACGUUUAUCAAAAUGGUACAUUUAGGACUGGUAAUGUGUUGUGGGACAAUAUUUUGAAUAAGUGCACGGCAUCGCCGUCAGUUAGCUGUUUACAGAAGAACGUUUAUACUUACCUAGAUGAUAAAAUAGGUAUGAACGGUGAUGUGGAAGUGGCCAGUGGUAUGUGUUUCAAGAAAAACAAUGUGGAUAUCAACAAGUAUAGUAAAGAAGCUAAUUCAAUCUACCUCACUGGCAGCAAGGAUGAAGAUAGAGCCAAAAGUGAUGACUUUGAAGAAGACAACGAAAUAGAGGAUGACGAACCAGAAUCUCCAUUAGAAGAAAUAACAAGCGCUUUAUAUGAUAAGAGCGUAAAAUUCUUAGUGACCCACGACAUGAAGCUGACGCUUCCUCAAACUUUCUUCCAAGGAGCGACCCUGAGGGUGUCCCCCAGGGCACUGACGAAGACGGGAGCACUAGUCCACAUCGACCUCGAGCCGCAGGCAAAUAAUGGCGAGGGGAGGCUAUUUUUCCACAAGAUAAAAAAAUACAUAAAGAAGAAACUCGUAACGGCGGCCAUAGCGAUAAUCUUAGUCAUCAAAUUAAUAGCAUUAAAAUUCGUGUUCGUUCUGCCUCUGAUAAUGGGAGUGACGACGGCAAAGAAGAUGUUCCUUAAACUCCUGCUGUUCAUAUUCCCUGCGUUGAGCCAUAUCUUCAAGCUCUGCUCUUGGUACCACCAGAACUAUCACACAACGAAGUACCAUCAUCAUCAUCAUUUGAUUACUCAUCAUCAUAAGGGUCCCCACCAACAGCCUUACGGCGGUCACCCACACGGGUCAUCUGUGGUCGUUCGACCGCACGGCCAGGGUCCUCCACAGAGCUAUGAUCACUAUGACAAUGAAAACUGGCAACUUUCUGGAGCUCCACUUGGAACUGAUUACAUUAUCGGUGACAUCCAUCGCAACGCGAUAUCGAACUUCAAACCAACAGUGAACGACGCUAAUGAUAUCAACGCUUGGGGUCUUGGAAUGCCACCAGGACCAUCAAUGAAUGUUGGUGAAUAUGCGGCAGGUAACAAUGUAAUGCCAACAGUAGCAGCUUCCAGUAAUGUUCCACAAAGGCUGCCAGUGGCUCAGAAUGGGAGACCUGUUGGACCUCCGAACCCGUACUAUCGAAACAAGAAAACGACGCCCAAAGAUCCACUGCUAGCAGAAAAAGAAGCAUUGAUCAGAGCAGCAUCAUUAGCGGCGCGGGCACCACCUUCUCCGGUCAGGGAUGAAAUAUUACGAGUGUCUGCGGUCAAACUGAAAGAGACCAAUAGGAUCAAGGCGGAGACCGAACUUGUAAAGCAGCAACAGCAAAUAUUAUCAGCACAAGAUCCAGAAACUAUAGCAGCAGAGAAAUUCUAUGGAAAUAUGGUAGAAGCCGUGGAUGGUUUGUUGAACCAGUUAGGUGCAACAGACUUUGGGUGUCGUGAGAGAGCCGUGUGUGCUCUCUACGGAGACCCCUUCAAACAUACGCCUUACAGUAAUCUCGUGUCUGGUCAUCUUAGCAAGGAUUCGAACGAGCUCUUACCAGCGGGUGACAGCAAGAUGGCACUGCACUACUACAGAUACGUACAAGCUGCGAGGGACGGACAAGAGCAAAAAGACUGCCUAUCAUUAUACCCGAACUGCGACAUAGACUUCAAUGGCAAUUGAAAAUGGAAUACAAUUAAUUGAAUUCCAUUUAUUUUGCAGCAAAUAAUGCAAUUCAUCAUUCAAAAUGAGAAAUUAAAUAUUUCACGCAUUUAAAUGAACUCCGUGAACUGCUGUUCUAAUUUUAAAAUGAAAAAAUAUUGACUGUUGUAAAGUUAUAGAAACAACUUACUAUUUAUUUUAUUUAAAAAUGGAUUAAUUGACGAAUUGAUUAUUUUAUUUUUAUUAUUAAUUAAAGGGAAAUUUGCGGUAUUUCUAAGAAUAAGUGCAUAAGGUGUGCCUUUUUUGUAACCAGUCAGAAGGCAUUAUUAUGAAGACUAUUGCUGAUCAAGGGU